AUGAAUAUAAUAGCAAAAUAUAAGGAAUUCGAAAAAACCCUUGAAAACGUAGUUACCUAUAAGGAUCUUAGAAAAUAAAUAAGAUAGAGCUUCAAAUUUAUAUUGAAGAAUAAUUUUACUAUAUAUUAUCUUGAUGAAGAUAAUGAUAAAAUUACAAUAUCAAAUUAAGAAGAUCUAGAUGUUGUUCAAAAUACCGAGAAUUUUGAAAUUAUGGUUGAAGAAAUUGAUGAUGCCUCAGAAUUGACAGAUGAUUCCUUUUAAAAACUUGAUAAAAGUGUUAAAGAAACAGUUAACUACUUUAGAAAGUUAAGCAAUGGUCACGGCAAUAAUGAUUCAAAUAGCCCGAAAAUUAUAUAAAAAUAAGAAAUGGAGUAGGCAAAGGAGAUAGUUGAGAAACCAAAUAAUCCAUAAGAAAUUUUAGAUUAGAAAAGACAAAAAGCAAUUAAAGAAAUAACAGCCACAAUUGAGCAUCUUCGAGCAGAAAUACUUAAAGUUGAGAAUGAUGAUACAGAGAAAAGAUUGAAUGAAAAAAUAGAAAAGUUAUAGAAACCAUAAGUGAAUCCCUCAUCCUUAGGCAAAGAAUUAAUUGAACUACCAAUUAUUUAAUAAAUUGAAUAGGCAGAAAAUAACAUAAUCAACCUUAAUAAAGUUGAAAGAGAAGAAUUGAAAAGGAAUUAUUAAAAUUUGCUCAAAUAAAUUCAGUUAAUGAUCUAAAAUAGAUAGAAGAAUUAAGUUAAUUAAAUUGCUUAAACUAAAGACGUAAUCAAAACAGAAUAGAAAUUGAAGUAGCUGAUUGUUAAGACCAAUUAAAAAAAUUAAAAGUUGUUAAAAUAAUAUAAGGGAUUAUUGAGUUAAUACUAAAAAAAGCUUAAGGAAGUUGAAAAUAAGAAAGCCAAUUUCGAAAAGGUUGAGUAUAUGACCAAAGAUCAACUAGAAGAUUUUUUAGACAAAUAGAUGAAGGAAGAACUAAAGGCAAAAAAAGAAAAAUAAGAAGCCCUAAAAUAAAAGGAGUAGAUAAUCAACAUUGACAAUCCAAAAAAGGAAUAAGAGAAUUAAAAUCUUAGUGAUAACAUCUAGGAUGAUUUAGAAUGAAAAGAUAUCACUACAUUAUGCAUAUAUAAUAAUUGUCUAAUAAUUUUU